AUGGAGCCAUCACAAGAUGAAUGUCUCAUUACCUCAAUGACAAACUACAUGACAACCUGCAUGUCCGGCCACGACCCCUCUCACAACCCAACGCACGUCCAUCGCGUAGUCUCACUCGCCCAUCGCAUCCUCGCCAGCGAAUUGACCCUCCACCCCGACACAGCACCAAUAAAAUACAACAAGACAGUCAUCACUCUCGCGGCCAUUCUACACGACAUAGGAGACCACAAAUACUUACCAACUGACGGCUCAGCCGCAGAUCCAAAACAACUAGUCUACAACGCUUUACUAUCUCACGGCGCGGAUGAGCAACUCGCAUCUCGCGUGCAAACUAUAGUCAAUAAUGUGUCGUAUACAAACGAAACUCGAAAUCCGGACCAAGAUGCGGAUCGAUUAGAUGCCAUUGGCGCCGUGGGGAUUGCGCGCACUUUUACAUACUUGGGUUCUCAAGGACUCAAAAGAGCGGCGACUGCGGAUUCAGGGCCGUGGGAGCUUGAGGACUCUAUUACGCAUUUUGGGGAGAAGUUGGAACGAUUGGAAGGUAUGAUGAAGACGGACACGGGAAUGCAGAUUGCAAGAGAGAGAACGAGAAGGUUAAAACUCUUUAAGGAGUGGUGGGUUGAUGAAACUGCUCCUUUUGAUUCUUAG